AUCAUUAACUAAAUAAUCACUCCCAAUUAGUACUAAUCAUCACUCAGGGCAACGUGAACAGAGUCUAGAGAUGGCUAAUUCCUCCUCCUUCUCCCCCUCUACCACCGUAACAGAUUUAAUCUCCACCGUCCAUGACGACAUCAUAGAGUCUCACAUCUUGACACGUCUCGACGGCGCAACCUUAGCAUCCGUCUCUUGCGCCUCCUCACAUCUUCAUCAUCUCGCUUCCAAUGAGAUCCUCUGGUCCAAAAUCUGCCGAUCCACGUGGCCUUCUUGCUCCGGUGGUUCUCGUUCUUUCUUCUCCGACGCUUAUUCUAUGGUGGAAACCGCCGGUACAGUCUCUGAUCUCGACCGUCCGUUUCCGGAAUUGAUCUCCGCCGUGGAUCUUCACUACAGAGGGAAGUUGAUUUUUAGUAGAGUCGUGAAGACGGAGACUACGACGGCGUGGUUUAAGAGUUCGCCGUUGAGGAUUGAUCUGGUGGAUACAAAGGAUACGGUGGCGACGCCGAUUAAGAGAAGACAGAGGACGGAAGACACGUGUCGUGAUCUAGAGAAGGAUUUGACUUUGAGCUGGAUCGUGAUUGAUCCGAUCGGGAAACGAGCGGCGAAUAUUUCGAGUCACCGGCCGGUGUCGGUGCAGAGGAACUGGAUAAGCGGAGAAGUGGAGGCGCAAUUCGCGACGGUGGUGGGGGCGGUGGAGUGUGUGAUCACGGUGGUCACGUGCGGUGAGGAGGAGAUGCACGUGAGGGAAGUGAGUCUCAAGGUAGAGAAGAUGGAGGGAACGCAUUUAAACGGGAGGGACAGUUUGGUUAUUUUAAGGAGUGUCAUGGAGGGUAAAAGGGUAAAUGGAAGUAGGAGGGAAGUAGAAUCGAAGAAGAGACACGAAGAGUUUAUGGAGAAGAAGAGAGAGAUGAAGGAGAAGAAGAUGAGGGUAGAAUCGGUAUUUGACAUUUUGACUGUAGCUUUUGGUAUUUUAGGCUUUGUGUUGCUUGUUGUGUUUUGUCUUUGGAGAACCUCUAUAUGAAUCAGAAGCUUUUAAGUUGAACCAAAAGAAAAGACAAAUUUCUUUAAAACAUAAA